GCCACGCUUCCGCCCAGCUUCCCCAAGGCUUUAGGUCGAGGCUUUCAGUGCGCGCUCAUGAAAUUGCCUUCCUGAUCCGAUUAAAGAGCCCGCUUUGGCCGAGGGCUCUCUUUUUACGCAGCGCCUUGGCGGCGCUUGCCCGAAGGGGGCCCCGAUCCUCGGCUUCCUCUCCCGGGUUACGGGCUAGACUGCAACCUGAGCAGGGGGUUCCUCGGGAGGAAGUCCCGUUGAAUGUCCUGGGAGGGAACUUCUCAGGGCGCGCAAGUGUAAGGAGGCACCGCCGGCUGAUGGGGAAAGGAAGGAGGUUAGCACAACAAACGCUGAGAGCGGCAUUCUCUCCCCUUCUCCGAUAAGAUCCCGACUCCAACAUGGGGAAACAGAACAGCAAGUUGCGCCCCGAAGUCAUGCAGGAUUUGCUAGAAAGCACAGAUUUUACAGAACACGAAAUCCAGGAAUGGUACAAAGGCUUUCUGAGAGACUGUCCAAGCGGACAUUUGUCCAUGGAGGAGUUUAAGAAAAUCUAUGGGAAUUUUUUCCCUUACGGGGACGCUUCUAAAUUUGCCGAACACGUCUUCCGCACGUUUGAUGCGAACGGCGACGGAACGAUAGACUUCAGAGAAUUUAUCAUUGCCUUGAGCGUAACAUCCCGAGGGAAACUGGAGCAGAAGCUGAAAUGGGCAUUCAGCAUGUAUGACCUGGAUGGAAACGGCUACAUCAGCAAGGCGGAGAUGUUGGAAAUAGUUCAGGCAAUCUACAAGAUGGUUUCUUCGGUUAUGAAGAUGCCAGAAGACGAAUCGACACCCGAGAAAAGAACAGAGAAAAUCUUCCGCCAGAUGGACACCAACCGGGACGGAAAACUUUCUCUGGAAGAGUUUAUUCGAGGAGCCAAGAGUGACCCAUCCAUCGUCCGUCUCCUUCAGUGUGACCCCAGCAGCGCUGGGCAGUUCUAAAACAGUUGCUUGGAUUAUUUCAUGUCUCUGGGGUUUUUUUUAUUUCUUUUCUCUCUCUCUCUUUUUUUGCCAAAACAACAUUCAUGGUGGCAUUGCCUCUGUCCGGCCAACUAUGCCUUCUUUUGUGGCACCUUUCGCUUUCGUUGUGGCAGAUCAGUUAGAAGUUGUGCUAGGAAAACACUCUCCCAAAUGCAUCCUGGGAUACAGAGAGAGCUGCCCGCACAACUAUGUCAGUUUUCAAAUGGUUGUCACAAUCUGCGCGGCCUGGUCCUCAAUCAGUUUGCCUGGGAGCAAAUCCCAGGGGGUUUGAACAGGACUUCCUUCCAAGCAUGCUUAGGAUUGAAGCCUUAAGUUUUGAUUUGUCCGUCAAUUCCAAGCUAAAAAAAAGAAAUGCGGAGGGACGAGAGCCCUUUGCCAGAAGUAUGUAGGGUUCUGAGGCAUACAUGGAGUAGUGCGCAAGAAACGUCUACCAUGUUCCCUUCAGUGCUGGGGAAUGCUGAAGAACAUUCUCUGGCAUUGCAGCAAAUGAAGAAGCCUCUUUCAGAUCUCUAUGUGUGCACCAGUGACACUAGUAGCAGGGUUUGGAUCACAGUCAGACCAAGUAAUUUAACAUUCCCGGUGGCAUUCAGCUAAGUUUUAAUCAGAAUGGACCCACUGAAAUUCAUAGAAUUGUAGAGUUGGAAGAGACCCCGAGGGUCAUCUAGUCCAACCCCUUGCAACACAGGAAUCACAACUAAAGCAUUCCUCAGAGAUGCCCCUCAAACUUCUGCUUAAAAACCUCCAGUGAAGGGAGAGUCCACCACCUUCCGAAGGGGUCCACACCAACAUCAAAUAGCUCUUGCCGUCUGAAAGGUCUUCCUAAUAUUUAGUCAGAAUCUCCUUUCUUGUCAUUUGAAUUGAUUGGUUCGGGUCUUGCCCCCGGACCAGGAGAAAACAAGCUUCCAACUUCCAUGUGAUCCCCUUCAGAUAUUUGAAGAUGGCUAUCGUAUCGCCUCCUUUUCCCCAGGCUUAACCAUUCUUCACAAGGCUUGGUUUCCAGACCCUUGAUCAUCUUGGUCACCUAACGUGACUAAUGUCCAUUCCUUUCAAUGGGUCUACCCCGAGUAAAGCGUAGUUGAAUGCCACCGUCUGUCGCCAUAUUAUGCUAGAGUUGGGCUGCUGCAACAAACCUCUGUAAGGUCCCUGCUUAUCUCUAAUAAAAUUACCUGUGGUCACUG